AUGCCACCAAAGAAGCAGCAGCCAUCAGAUAAGAAUAAAGCUAAAGCUAAAGCAAAAUCUGCUGAAGAUAAGACUUUUGGUUUGAAGAACAAGAACAAGUCGAAAAAAGUUCAACAACAGAUCCAUCAAAUCAAAUCUGGCGCAGAUGGUGGUUUAGCCAAGAAGAAAGAGGAAGAUAAUCAAAGAAGAGCAGCUGAAAAGAAGGCAGCUGAAGAUGCUAAAAGGGAAGCUGCCGCAUUAUUCGGAAUUCAGCAACAAAAGGUUCCAUUUGGUGUAGAUCCAAAAUCCAUCUUAUGCGAAUUUUUCAAAAAGGGUCUUUGUAAUAAGGGCAACAAGUGUAAAUUUUCUCAUGAUGUAAAUGUUGGAAGAAAAGAUGCAAAGAAGGAUUUAUAUACAGAUGCAAGGACAGAGAAAGAGAAUGAUACGAUGGACAAUUGGGACGAAGAAAAAUUGAGGAAAGUUAUCUUGUCCAAGCAUGGCAACUUAAAAACCACUACUGAUAAAGUAUGUAAGUAUUUUAUUGACGCUGUCGAAAACGGUAAAUAUGGGUGGUUUUGGGUAUGUCCAAAUGGCGGGAGUGAGUGUAAAUAUAGACAUUCUUUACCUCCUGGUUUCGUCUUGAAGACGAAAGAACAAAAGAAACUAGAAAAGUUGGCAGCUGACAGUGCGCCGAAGAUCACAUUGGAAGACUUUAUCGAACUUGAAAGAGGAAAGCUUGAUAAAAGCUCCUUUACCCCGAUCACAAUCGAGUCUUUUAAUGAUUGGAAGGCCAAACAGAUAGAAAAAAGGGCGAAUGAGAAGAAAAAGGUUGAUGAAAAGCUGGGCAAACGAUCCCUCACAGGUAGAGAAAUUAUUAUGGAAAAGCUUGCCGACAAAUAUUACACUGAAGAUGGUGAUACAGAUGAGGGUCCUGAAUGGGACUUGUCAGAAUUCCGUAAAGAAUUACCCGAUGAUAGUGAAAUAAAGGACUACGGUGAUGGGAGUCAAACCGAAGAGUUAUACAGACAAGAUAAGGCUGCUGCCGAUGAGCCUGUCAAAGAGAAAUACGAAAUUUCGAACGGAAUUUCAUCUAAUUCAGAAAAUAAUUCGAAACCUACAGCCGCCGUUGCCAAUGGUACCUCUAAUGGUACUUUAACAAAUACACUGUAA